AUGUCGCGCCGAAAGCCACCUGGGGGCGGCGCGGCUGCCGCUGGCCCAGCCCCUGCAAGGCAAGCGGUUUUGAGCAGAUUCUUCCAGUCCAGGGGGAGCCUGAAAUCCACCUCCUCCCCCACCGGUGCGGUGGAGGGCGAACCUGACGCUGACUCCGCAGCGCCUCCAGCGUCCACUUUCCAGCCUCGGUCGCGACCACAUGUGGUUGCGGAAAUUGACAGAAGUACAAAGAGACCACUAGAGGAUGAUGGGCCUGUUAAGAAGAAAGCAAAGAAAGCCCAAGAAAAGGAAGGGCAAAGUGAUUCAGUAACGUCUGGGAACCCUGAGCCAAGGAAAUGUCUGAGGACCAGGAUUGUUUUAAAGUCUCUGGAAAAAUUGAAAGAAUUCUGCUGCGAUUCCGCCCCUCCUCAAAAUAGAGUCCAGAGGGAGCCUCUGCAGGAGAGAUUUGCAGUUCUGCCAAAAUGUACCGAUUUCGACGAUAUCAGUCUUCUGCGUGCAAAGAAUGCCGCUUCUUCUGAAGAUUCCAAAUCUCAAACUAGUCAAAAGGACAAGACACUUUCUGAUCUCAGUCAUUUUGGAUCAUCACAUGGGAGUUACGAAAACUUACAGAAAAUUUCUGAUUCUAAACCACCUAACAAAAGAACCAAAAGCAUCUAUACGCCAUUAGAAUUACAGUACCUAGAAAUAAAGCAGCAGCAGAAAGAUGCAAUUUUGUGUGUGGAAUGUGGAUAUAAGUAUAGAUUCUUUGGGGAAGAUGCAGAGAUUGCAGCCCGGGAGCUCAAUAUUUAUUGCCACUUAGAUCACAACUUUAUGACAGCAAGCAUACCUACUCACAGACUGUUUGUUCACGUGCGCCGCCUUGUGGCAAAGGGAUAUAAGGUAGGAGUUGUGAAGCAAACUGAAACAGCAGCAUUAAAGGCCAUUGGGGACAACAAAAGUUCAGUCUUUUCCCGGAAAUUGACUGCUCUUUAUACAAAAUCUACGCUUAUUGGAGAAGAUGUGAAUCCUUUAGUUCAGCUGGAUGAUGCUAUAGACAUUGAUGAGUUAAUGACUGAUACUUCUACUAGCUACCUUCUGUGCAUCUGUGAAAAUAAGGACAAUGUUAAGGACAAAAAGAAGGGGAACAUUUUCAUUGGAAUCGUGGGAGUGCAGCCUGCCACAGGUGAGGUUGUGUUUGAUAGUUUCCAGGAUUCUGCUUCCCGUUCAGAGCUAGAAACUCGGAUAUUGCGCCUGCAGCCGGUGGAGCUGCUGCUUCCAUCACAGUUGUCAGAGCAAACAGAGAUGCUCAUCCACAAGGCCACAGCUGUGAGGGUACGGGAUGACAGAAUUCGAGUAGAAAGGAUGGAUAACAUGUAUUUUGAAUACAGCCAUGCUUCCCAGGUGUUUACAGAGUUUUGUGUAAAAGAUAUAAUUGACAUCAAAGGUUCUCAGAGUCUUUCCAGUGCCGCUCUCCUGGAGAAGCCUGUGGUUUGCUCUUUGGCGGCCAUAAUAAGAUACCUCAAAGAGUUCAACUUGGCAAAGGUGCUUUCCAAACCCAUGAAAUUUAAACAGUUGUCAGGUGCAAUGGAAUUUAUGACAAUUAAUGGAACAACAUUAAGGAAUCUUGAAAUCCUACAGAAUCAGACGGAUAUGAAAAGCAAAGGAAGUUUAUUUUGGGUUUUGGACCAUACUAAAACUUCAUUUGGGAGACGGAAGUUAAAGAAGUGGGUGACUCAGCCGCUCCUUAAUUUAAGGGAAAUAAAUGCUCGGCUGGAUGCUGUGUCUGAAGUUCUCUAUUCUGAAUCCAGUGUGUUUGGUCAGAUAGAAAAUCAUCUACACAAAUUGCCUGACAUAGAGAGAGGAAUCUGUAGCAUUUAUCACAAAAAAUGUUCUACCAAAGAGUUCUUCUUGAUUGUCAAAACCCUUUAUCACCUGAAGUCAGAAUUUCAAGCAUUAAUUCCGGCUGUGAAUUCCCAUGUUCAGUCAGACCUGCUCCGGACAUUUAUUUUAGAAAUUCCUGAACUCCUCUGUCCAGUGGAGCGUUACUUAAAGAUCCUUAAUGAACAAGCUGCCAAAAUUGGGGAUAAAACUGAAUUAUUCAAAGACCUUUCUGAUUUCCCUUUAAUAAAAAAGAGGAAGGAUGAAAUUCAAGGAGUUACUGACAAGAUCCAAAUACAUUUGCAAGAAAUAAGAAAAAUACUGAAAAAUCCUUCUGCACAAUAUGUGACAGUAUCAGGACAGGAGUUUAUGAUUGAAAUAAAGAACUCUGCUGUAGCUUGUAUACCAACUGAUUGGAUUAAGGUUGGAAGCACAAAAGCUGUGAGCCGCUUCCACUCUCCUUUUAUUGUAGAAAAUUACAGACAUCUGAAUCAGCUCCGGGAGCAGCUAGUCCUUGACUGCAAUGCUGAAUGGCUUGAUUUUCUAGAGAAUUUCGGUGAACAUUAUCAAUCCUUGUGUACAGCAGUACAUCACCUAGCAGCUAUUGACUGCAUUUUCUCCCUGGCCAAGGUUGCUAAGCAAGGAGACUACUGCAGACCAACUCUGCUAGAAGAAAGGAAAAUCAUCAUAAAAAAUGGCCGGCACCCUGUGAUUGACGUGUUGCUGGGAGAACAGGAUCAGUAUGUUCCCAACAGUACAAAUUUGUCAGGGGACUCAGAGAGAGUAAUGAUAAUUACUGGACCAAACAUGGGUGGAAAGAGCUCCUACAUAAAACAAGUUGCACUGAUUACUAUCAUGGCUCAGAUUGGCUCCUAUGUUCCUGCAGAGGAAGCGACCAUUGGAAUUGUGGAUGGCAUUUACACGAGGAUGGGAGCUGCAGAUAAUAUAUAUAAAGGACAAAGUACAUUUAUGGAAGAACUAACUGACACAGCAGAAAUAAUAAGAAAAGCCACAUCACAGUCCUUGGUUAUCAUGGAUGAAUUAGGAAGAGGGACGAGCACCCACGAUGGAAUUGCCAUAGCUUAUGCUACACUUGAGUAUUUUAUUAGAGAUGUGGAAUCCUUAACCCUGUUUGUCACCCAUUAUCCGCCAGUCUGUGAAUUAGAGAAAAGUUACUCACAACAGGUGGGGAAUUAUCACAUGGGAUUCUUGGUCAAUGAGGAUGAGAGCAAACAAGAUACAGGCGAAGAAGCCCCCGAGUUUGUCACCUUUCUUUAUCAAAUAACCAGAGGAAUUGCAGCAAGGAGUUAUGGACUAAAUGUGGCUAAACUAGCAGAUGUCCCUGGAGAAAUUUUAAAGAAAGCAGCUAGCAAGUCAAAAGAGCUGGAAGGAUUAGUAAAUAUGAAAAGGAAAAGGCGAAAGUGUUUUACAAAAUUAUGGACGAUAACGGAUGCAAAAGCCCUGCGAAAGUGGACAGACGAGUUUGAAAUGGAAGACAUGGCAGAUUUCUCUUUCUGAUUAAAAUGAAGUCUUUGUUUUGAACAAAAACUAGAGAAUUAAAAACACCAACUGUACAAAACAGCCCUCCAGUGACAGCCCAUCUCUGUGUGAGCGCAGAAUAAGACCGUGGGACAUUCCUGUGGGAGACGGCUUCGUGUAGGAAGUCUGUUUCAGGCUCCCGGCAUCCUGUCAUCCUGAUUUAAAGUAUAAACACUUUUGAAUGUUGAGACUUGUGUUUUAAGUAAUUAGAAAAUUUCAGGGACGGUAAGCUUCACAUAAAAUUAAAACCUAAAUAAAGCCUCAAGUUUUUAGAGAGUGAUAUAAAAAUUUAAUUUAUAUUUGUUUCAGUUUAGAUAACUUACAACUGGGUGAAAUGUCUGGCAAAAAUUUACCUUUUCAUUUGAACUAAAAUAAUUUUAUAAAACCACCAGUUUAUUCACUCUGGGCAUAAAAAUUUUUGAUAAGAAAUAGACUUAUCAAGCUUUUAGCAACUAGAACACAGAAGGAAUAAAAUCGUAUGAAAUUUGAACUUAAAUAUUAGCAGUUUUAAGCAAUUUAAAGAUUGUUGGAUGAAAUUAUUUGUCAUUUAUUGAAGUAAACAUGAAUACUUGCUAUGAAUUAUAAUGUUUUGUUGAAUUUUGGGGUUUUCAACUUUCUGGCAAUUGUUACUUUUAAAGUUUAAUUAUGGAACCAAGAUUGCUUCUUUACAAAAUAUAUGGAACUGACCUUAUUCUCAGUUUGGAGCUUUCUAAUAACCAGCAUACAAAUGUACGGUACGCUCUCUGUAGUGAGCCUUCCAGCUCAGUUGGUCGAUAGCAGCUCUCCCGCCCUGCAUGUUUAGUGCAACACAUGCUCAUCUGUGUCCCCGGGAUUUUUUCAGCAUUUACAAUCUGGCUUCUCAUAUCCAUGUACGUUUUGUUUCUAAAUAUAUGAUCUUGCUCUCCAUGAAGGCUCUCCAUCCUAUUUCCCACACAUCUAUUAUUGCUGCUCAGUUCAAUGUCUUCCACACAUUUGAUGGGCAUAUUUCUAAUUCCUUUUUCAGAUUAUUUCCUGCAGGGGCCCUACCAGUGACCCCUGGACCUGGGAGUCAGUAUAGCUCCCCAGGAGGAUGAAGGGGACUCACACUUGAGCCCUCCGAUUUCCCAGCUUUUUGGUGUUAGAGUGUGAUGUAGUUUGAUUGAUUCCAUCAUCCCUCCAGAAAUUCUCAAAAAUGUUUCAAAAUACACUUAAUUGUAAUUUAUGCUGUAAAAUUUUUAAAAAGGACAAUACUUGUUAAACAAUGUAUUAACUUUAAAUGUUUUAUAUUCUUGCUAACAAGAUUUCAAAGGUACCCUUACUAGCAGGGCAGCAAGGAAAAAGGAGAUGAAGCCUGGAGUGUCAUGGCCAGGCCUGAGGGAGCCAUAGGGACCAGCAGUCGUUGCUAAGGUCCAAGUGGACAUUAAGGCCAUAUCUGGCCUGCCCAGCCCGUGUUGACAUUCAAGCAGGUGAGGGUUCCAGGUGCAUUGUCUCCAGGCAGUGGCAGUAUUUAGUGUCUGGCAGGGGACAGUGUGGGACGUAAUAAGGUAGAUUCUCUAACAUGAUGCAGGAUGUUAGCCAGCCAGCCAGUUUGCAGGAGGUCGGGCCUGCUUCAAGUUUGGAAUAAGACCAGCACUGCUAACUGUCCUUCAAGUGAGGCUCGUUUCCAGCCAGGUUCCUGAGCUGCUGAAGGGGAGGUUGUGGCACAGUCCUAGUCAUGAAGAUUGCACAGAUGCCAUGGAGACUGGCAGGAAAGAUGCAACUGCUGGGGUACGUACUCCAGACACCAAACUUGGGCACCAGUUCUAAAGUUAGAUAUGGCAUCUUCAAGAUACUAAUUUUAUUUCCUUUGGAGAUAAACCCAGAAAUGGGAUUGCUGGAUCAUAUGGUAGUUCUGUUUUUAAUUUUUUGAGGAACCUCCAUACUGUUUUUCAUAGAGGCUGUACCAAUUUGCAUUCACACCAACCCUUUUCGCCACACCCUUGCCAACACAUGUUAUCACUUGUGUUUUCGAUAAUAGCCAUCCUAACAGGUGUGAGGUGAUAUCUCAUUGUGGGUUUGAUUUGCAUUUGAUUAUAGUCAAUUUUAGAACAUUUUCAUCACCCUGAAAAAGACACCUGUACUCAUUAGCAGUCACUCUCUAUUCCUCCCCAAAGUCCCUAGUCUUAGACAGCCGCUAAUCUGCUUUCUAUAGAUUUGUCUAUAUUGGACACUUCAUCUGAAUGGAACCAUACAAUAUGUGGUCUUUGUAUCUGGCUUCUUUCAUUGAGCAAACUCUUCCCAAGAUUCGACAUGUUGUAGCAUGUGACAGGACUUCAUCAUUUUUUAUUACUGAAAAUGAUUCCAUUUUAUAUAUAUACCACAUUUUAUUUAUCCAUUUGUCAGCUUAUGCACAUUUGGGUUGUUUGUGGGUUUGGGCUAUUAUGGAUAAUUCUGCUGUACAGGUUUUUAUGAGGCAAGGCCCAGGAUUUUUUAAAGCUUCCCCAAGUAAUUCUAAUGGGCAGACAGGUUUGUGAACCACUAGUCUCAAUGAUUACAUGACAACAGUGUUUGCCAUUGGAUUGACAACCACUUGGUCUGUCUCUCCUCUGCUUUACCUGUCGCUUAGGACAAAGCAGGGCAUACUAGAGACCCCCCCACCCCAAUAAUACUAGUUAAAAGAGAAAAGAAAAACCAAACCCUUUCAGAUUAGAAAUCCAAUGAAAAGACUUGUCUUUUUAUAAUUAAGACACCAUUUCACUAGGGAUUCAGAAUCCAUACAGAGGUCUACCUUAUCUUAAAACAAUAAAAAAAUAAAAAUUUCUUCUGAUAGUUUGUGUAGGUUUGUGUAGGUUAUGGUUGCUAGAGGUCAUGGAGCUAGUAAAACAGUGUCCCCUGCAUGAAUCCCAGAGUGAAGACUAGAUUGAAUCCAACAUUGUCUCCAAAUUAGUGUUGACCUUUCCUGAGUUCCAAGAUCAAUAUUAAUCAUAAAGUGCUAUUUAAUGUUCCACACCAGGGAUAUAGGUGGAGAGAGAAAUGAACUUGAGUUACUACCACCUGUGGUUUCUAACUUAACUUUAUAAUUAUGGUCAUUUCCUCUUUGCAACACGAUAGUUAGUAUACAGGUGUCCUCUCUACCCAGUUUUGCUUUCCAUAGUUUUAGUGUGAAAAUAUUAAAUGGAAUAUCCAGAAGUAAAUAAUUUAUAAGUUUAAGUCGUGUGCCCUUCUGAGUAGCAUAAUGAAAUCUGUUGCUGGCCUGUUUCAUCCUGCCCGUGAUGUGAAUCAUUCCUUUGUCCGGUGCAAUCAUGCUGUAUAUGCUACCCACCCAUCAGUCACGUAGCACCCGUCUUGGUUAUCAGAUAGGCUGUUGAGGUACUGCCGUGCUUGUGUCUUUCUUUUGGCUCUAAGGACAUUCAUCUAAUUAUGACGUGCCUGACACUGUGUAUGAUGUCAUAUGAUGUGCAUACAAUGAAAGGCUCUGCGGUUCAGUAUAAAGAGCACUUGACAGAGAGCCAGCAGACCACUUCUGGUGCUGGCGCUGACAUUUAGUAUCUUUGAAGAAGUCAUAUAAAACAUUUCUGGUACUCUAUAUUUUCCUCUGUAAAGUUUUAACCAGAAUAGUAGUAAAAGCCUUGCUUAUCUCAUAGAAUUGUUCUGAGAGUCACUAAAAAAAUGAAUGGGAAAGAGCUUCAUAAACUAUAAACUGCUAUGGGUAUCAAAUAAUUUAUUACAAAAUGAUGGAUUGUCAUUUGGACCUAACUGACAGACAUGACUUGACUAAAUAGACCAGGUAAGAAAUCACACAAUGUUGGAUUUCUAGUUUUCUAGCUAGACAACCAAGAAAACAGGCUUUUGGCCUCAGGAGAGUGUGGGAGAAAACAUUAAAAGAGGGAGCUUGAGGAAAAGAUCCUUAGAAAGCUGUGUAUAGAGUCCUACCUCAACUCCAAGCUGCUCAUGCAUGCAACUGACUCAGGACAACAUGUUAAAGGCUUUGAGAAUUGGCUACGAGGUGGACUACCACCAGGUCCAACAUUGACCACCUGAGUGAUGCACAAGUGAGAUAGAUCCAAGAGCAUUGCAAAGGCGUUGAAAAUUCAAGUGAUAAAACCAUAGCCCACUGAUGGCAGGUCAGAAUGUAUGGCCUGUACCAACCAGGUUGAUCAGCAGCUAAAACUACAGAAUAAACACUGACCAAACAAAACCCAGUGAAUUAUAAUAUGUAAAACAUUUGGGAAUAAUAAAAAAAUUGCUCAAUAUACAAAGAAUCAGGAAAAUCUCAACAACUUGCAAGAAAAACCAACCUCAAGAUGGCUCAAAUGUUACACUUACCCAACAAUGACUUUAUUAAUCCUACCUGAGGAUAUAUUUCCAUUGAUUUCUAGAGAGAGUGGAAAGGAGGGGAAGGGACAGAGAAACAUCAAUGUGAGAGAGACAUAUCAAUUGGUUACCUCCCACAUGCGUCCCAACUGAGAGGUACAUGCCCUUGACCAAAAUUGAAUCCUGGACCCUUCAGUCUGUGGUCUGUGGCUCUAUCUACUGAGCCAAACCAGCUAGGGCCCGACAAUGACCUUAAAUCAGCUAUUACAGCUUAGCUGUAAGAGGGAACAAUGUUCCCCUGGCCAGUAUGGCUAACUUGGUUGGGCAUUGCCCUGUGCACCAAAAGGUUGCUGGUUCGAUUUCCAGUCAGGGCAUAUGUCUGGAUUUCAGGCUCAACUCCUGGUAGCGGGUGUGCAGGAGGCAGCCAAUGCUCUUACAUUGAUGUUUCUCCCUCUUUCUAAAAAAAAUCAAUAAAAUAAAAAAAGAGAGAGUGAAAUGAAUGGAAAGGUAGAACUUAUCUGCAAAAAACAUAUAUAAGCUAUAAUAAAGAACCAUGGAGGUAUUGUGGGAUGGGGAAUUAUUUAAUGGAUAUAGUUUCAGUUUUGUCAGAUGAAAAGAGUUCUGAAGAUUGGUUGCACCCAAUAUGAAGGUAUUUAACACUACUGAACUGUACACUUAAAAAUGAUUAUAAUCGUAAAUUUUGUGUAUUUUACCACAUUUUUAAAAAAAGGAAUAAAGUAAAUUGAUAUGUA